ACAUAUGUGUCCCUAUCGACGAAUAAUCUGUAAAAUGUGUGGUGGAUGUUAACAUCAAGCAAGUGGUCCUCCGAAGUCUGCCAAAGAUUAAGCUAAUUCAAAACCUUUAAGGUUCCGGCAGGGCGACUUAGGCAGGCGGAGGAGGAGCUGUCAAACUCCCGCAGAAGAGGGAAAGAGGGGAGCGCCUUGCGAAGACGCUGUCGGAGAUCGCUCGCUGCUCUGACAGUCCGGAUCCUCUGCACAGACUUUAAGGAUAGUGAUAUGGAGUAAUAUUAAGUCAUAUUAAUGAUCAUUUAAAAAGCUACAGGUUAAACUGAAAACGGACGAAGAAUUCAAGAAAAGCCGCGGAAAUGCGAAGCGAAGUUGGGAUCGCCUUUGCCUUCUUCAUCGCCUUGGGCUGCUGCGGUUUGCCGGACAAGAAAGUGUGCCAGGGCACGAGCAAUAAGCUCACUCUGCUGGGUACGGCUGAGGACCACUACCGGAACAUGCUAAGGAUCUACAGCAACUGCACGGUGGUGCUGGAGAACCUGGAGAUCACCCACACCGAGGAGCACCAUGACUUGUCCUUCCUCAAGAGCAUCCAGGAAGUGGGCGGCUACGUGCUGAUCGCCCUCAACAAGGUGACCGUCAUCCCCCUGGAGAACCUGCGCAUCAUCCGGGGCCAUACCCUCUAUGAGAACAAUUACGCACUGGCCGUCCUGUCCAACUACGACAAGAACGUUACCUCCAAGAACUUGAACAUCACUAGGGGGGUCGUUCAUCUGUCGCUGAGAAGCCUCACAGAAAUCCUGAAAGGAGGGGUGAGGUUCAACACCAACCAUCUGAUGUGCAACGUGGAGACCAUCAAGUGGUACGACAUCGUGGAUAAGAACAGCAACCCAGUCAUGGAGCUUCCGAAGGCCAGCCAGGCUAACUGUGGAAAGUGUGAUUCCUCGUGCCUCAAUGGCUCCUGUUGGGCCCAGGGCAAGGAAAAUUGUCAAACUUUGACCCGCCUCAUCUGCGCCGAGCAGUGCUCCGGGAGAUGCAGGGGCCCCAAGCCCAGCGACUGCUGCAACGAGUAUUGCGCCAGCGGCUGCACGGGACCCAAGUCCACUGACUGCUUGGCGUGCCGAGCCUUCCAGGAUGAGGGCACCUGCAAGGACACCUCCCCGCUGAUGUUGUACAAUCCCAACAGCCACCAGCUGGACGCCAACCCCAACGGAAAGUACAGCUUCGGGGCCACCUGCGUCAAGAACUGCCCACAUAACUAUGUCGUGACGGACCACGGCGCCUGUGUUCGCACCUGCAGCACUGAUACGCACGAGGUGGAUGAGAACGGCAUGCGCAAGUGCAAGAAGUGCGAGGGCCCGUGUCCUAAAGUCUGCAACGGGCUUGGCAUGGGCCCGCUCGCCGGGGUCCUCUCCAUCAACGCCUCCAACAUCGACUCCUUCGAGAACUGCACCAAGAUCAACGGGGACGUCUCCAUCAUCAUCACCACCUUCAGGGGGGACACAUUCACCAACACACCAAAGAUGGAUGCAAAUAAGUUGGAGAUCUUCAAGACUCUGAAGGAAAUUACUGGCUUCCUGGUGAUCCAGCACUGGCCCAACACGAUGCCCUCCCUCAGCCCUUUUGAGAACCUGGAGAUCAUCCGGGGAAGGACCAAGCAGCAGGGCACCGUGAGCUUUGCUGUCGCCAACACUCCCAUCAGUCACCUGGGCCUCCGCUCCCUGAGGGAGAUCAGCGAUGGCGACAUUGUCAUCCAGAAAAACCCCAAUCUGUGCUACACCGACAAUCUCUCCUGGAGCAAACUGUUCAAGUCCCAAAAGCAAAAUGCCCGGGUAGAGGAUAACCAGGACCCUGUUAAUUGUGCACUGCAGAAUAAAACCUGCGACCCCAUGUGUGCGGCGGACGGCUGCUGGGGCCUGGGGCCCUCCAUGUGCUUCUCCUGCCUGUACUUUUCCCGAGCAGGCCACUGCGUGGAGGCCUGCAAUCUGCGGGACGGCAUGCCACGGGAGUAUGUGGACAAUAGUACCUGCCUGGAGUGUGACCCAGAGUGUGCCCCCCAGGAGGCUGGACUGACUUGCAAGGGCCCUGGUCCCAACGCGUGCAUGGCAUGUGCCAAUUACAAAGAUGGCCCCCACUGUGUCCACCGCUGCCCCCACGGCAUCCCAGGGGAGGGGGACACAUUCAUCUGGAAGUACCCUGAUGAGUACAGAGAGUGCCAGCCGUGUCACAUCAACUGUACGCAGGGAUGUAGCGGGUCUGGAUUGGAAGGCUGCCAUCUGAUAAUCUCCCAUGUGUCCUCCAUCGCGGCCGGCGUGGUGGGCGGCCUGCUGGCCUUCGUCAUCGUCGCCCUCGCCAUCUUCGUGCUGCUGCGCAGACAGCGCAUCAAGAGGAAGAGGACACUGCGCAGACUGCUGCAGGAGAAAGAGCUGGUGGAACCCCUGACCCCAAGCGGGGAGGCGCCCAACCAAGCGCUGCUCCGCAUCCUGAAGGAGACCGAGUUCAAGAAGAUCAAGGUCCUGGGCUCCGGAGCCUUCGGCACGGUCUACAAGGGUCUGUGGGUCCCCGAGGGUGAAAAUGUCAAGAUCCCAGUGGCCAUCAAGGUUCUGAGGGAAGCCACUUCUCCCAAAGCCAACAAGGAGAUCCUGGAUGAGGCUUACGUGAUGGCCAGCGUGGACCACCCCCACGUGUGCCGACUCCUGGGCAUCUGCCUGACCUCCAUCGUGCAGCUGGUCACCCAGCUGAUGCCGUACGGCUGCCUGCUGGACUACGUGAGGGAGAAUAAGGACAACGUGGGCUCCCAGUGCCUGCUCAACUGGUGUGUGCAGAUCGCCAAGGGGAUGAGCUACCUGGAAGAACGUCACCUGGUGCACCGAGACCUGGCCGCCCGGAACGUGCUGGUCAAGACCCCCCAGCACGUCAAGAUCACGGACUUCGGCCUGGCCAAGCUCCUGAGCACCGACGAGAAGGAGUACCACGCCGACGGUGGCAAGGUGCCGAUCAAGUGGAUGGCGCUGGAGUCGAUCCUGCACCGGACCUACACGCACCAGAGCGACGUGUGGAGCUACGGGGUGACGGUGUGGGAGCUGAUGACGUUCGGCACAAAGCCUUAUGAUGGCAUCCCGGCCAGUGACAUCGCGGAGGUCCUGGAGAAGGGCGAGCGUCUCCCACAGCCGCCCAUCUGCACCAUCGACGUCUACAUGAUCAUGGUCAAAUGCUGGAUGAUCGAUGCCGAGAGCAGGCCGCACUUCCGGGAGCUGGUGGCGGAGUUCUCCAAGAUGGCGCGAGACCCGCAGCGGUACCUCGUCAUCCAGGGUGAUGAGAGAAUGUACCUGCCCAGUCCGAACGACUCCAAGUUCUACCGCACCCUGAUCAGCGGCGAGGACAUGGAGGACGCUGUGGACGCAGACGAGUACCUGGUGCCCUACAACGGCUUCUUCAGCAGCCCCAGCACGUCCCGCACCCAGUUGCUGCACUCCAUGAGUCUCAGCAGUAGUGGAGGAGGAGGAGGAGGAGGAGGAGGAGGAGGAGUGCCAGCAGUAGGAGUCGGCUGCCAGGGGAGGAAUGGGAACGGUUACCCGGGGAGAGAGAACAGCAUGAUCCUCCGGUACAUCUCGGACCCCACAGACGGCUCACUCAACCACGACUUCCAUCCCCUCCCAGAGUAUGUCAACGAAAGUGGCACAGGGCCGCUAGACAUGACGAACCCCAUCUACCAGAACCCCCUGCCAUCCAGCUCCACAGUCCCCGCGGUGGCGUCUGACGAGGCAGAGGCCGAGUACCUGAACUGCUUCAAGCUGGAACUUUCUCAGCCCGAGUACCUCAAUGUAGUGCAGCCCGGCUUCAACAAAUCCCAAAGUUGUGGGCAGAAAUUCGGAGCCCAGACCAGUCUGGACAACCCGGACUAUCAGGAAGGCUUUUCUGCCUUUGGACGUUCACGGGCCAAUGGUCAUCUGCCUGCCAAGGAGAACGUGGAGUACCUGGGCCUUACUGUGGAAGCCCAGGUCCAUUAACUGCCCCCAGAAACGGAAGGUAGAAGAGGGACAGACAAAAGCUUUAACAGGGGUGCAAUAGACUGCUUUCAUUUGCUUCCCUUAUCGGUGUAGUGUCAUAACCUGGCCACAGUCCUCCAGGUGCAGGAAGUCACCUUCAACUGAGAACAUUUGACCUGUGACCUAUGACCCUUCAACUGAAGUGCCCCGGAGUCGCAUUUUCACGAGAAUUCGGAAUGGCACCUUGUUCAGCCACUGGAUGUUGUUCAGAAUGAGCCCCCCCCCCUUAAAUUCAGCUACGGCCUUGUGAUCCCUCUGGCUCUUUGUUGAACGUGCAGGUACUGAAGUAACUCGAGGUACUGAGGCGCGCAAGUCCAUUUAUCCUAUCUGAGGUUCUGUCUUGGCAAAGGAGUUAAUAACAUCGUACGUCGGACUCUGCUGGUUCUUGGCUUCAGUCAGGAAGGUUCAAAGGGGCAGCUCUUCGGCCAAAGAGCGCCCAACUGGAGUCUGACUAGAUGAUGGGGGAGCUUGAGAGCUUCAGCGAAUGAGAGAUGACUUUUUGGAAGAAAAGCUCUUCUGUCGCGACGGGUGUGAAGAUUGCGAAAAGACGACGACAGCGGUGGAGGCGUGUCUGCGUCGUAGCUGGAACUCAUGUGCUGCCGUAGAUGAAUGUUUUGUAAAUAAAAACAGGAAUGUUCUUUUUACCUUUUAGGUUUAAAUCUGUACAGCUGCGUUCAGUUGGAAUCUCUUGGUUUAUCAAGAAAUGGGAGAUUUGAAGGGUCUCCGGAAACGCAAGGCCAUCUUCUCUCCGGUCAGAUUUUAGUACGCUGUUGAUAAGCCCUCAGCCUGUACAGCAUGGCCCAAGGGUCGAAAACUGGACAAGAUAGCAGUUGGAUUAUAGACAUUAUAUUCAUGUAUUUUGUAUUGUUUCCAUUUGUAAUUUACUUAUUUUAAAUUCCCAAAAACUGCACUGUUUCAUUUGCUUAGCUCUGUUCUACCCAGUGUACAUGUAGCUUUACCACACUAAUUUUCCCUCCUUUUUUUUUAAACCCGUUUACCCUCGGCUAAGGCUCUAGAUUUGCUCUUUAACUUAAACCUUCCUGUGGGGUUCAGGUUUUAUAAGGUGAGCGGUUAAACUCACCAAUGCAAAUUUUGGUAAAACAUUUUCCCUAUAAGGUUUGUUGUACUCGUCUGCCGCUAAUGUUAUAUUGUGUCAUACAGGACGACCGCAAACUGAAGCGAUUUCUCCAGCCGUUAGGCACAUCGCUGUACAUGUCUGCAUUACGUUGAGUUUAUUCCAAUAAAUCAAUACUUUUUUUUUAAA